AUGGAUCUCAGAGCUUCUCUGUCUCUUCUAGUGCUGCUGAUGGGCCUCUCUCAGGCCGUUCAUCUCAUGGAAAAUGAGAAUGACAACUUUCUUCUAGAGGAACCUGAAACUGUUGACAUCACAACAAGGAUUCUGGACUCAAACAAUGCAUCCACUGAAUUGUUGGUAGAGGGAGAUCUGGUUGUACCAAGAACCAGGAAUGCCCUGAAUUGCUGGAACAACUACUGCUUGUGGAGGAAGUCCUCUAAUGGAAUAGUAGAGGUGCCUUACAUACUGAGCAGUGACUUCUCCUAUUAUGAUAAGCUGAUAAUUGACAAUGCCAUGGCAGCGUUCCACAGAACAACCUGCAUUCGCUUUGUUCCACUUUCAUCUCAGUAUGACUACAUCAGCAUUGAGAACAGAGAUGGGUGCUUCUCAUCUCUAGGCAGAACAGGAGGUAUGCAGGUGCUUUCUCUUAACAGGCAGGGCUGUGUUUACCAUGGCAUCGUUCAGCAUGAGAUCAACCACGCUCUGGGUUUCUACCACGAGCAAACCAGGAGCGACCGCGACCAGUAUGUCAGGAUCAACUGGGACUACAUCUCCCCAUCAAUGAUUUACAACUUCUACAAACAAAACACCAAUAAUCUGUACACUCCCUAUGACUACUCCUCCAUUAUGCAUUAUGGAAGAACUGCUUUUGCCGUUCAGUAUGGAGUGGAAACCAUCACUCCUAUUCCUGAUGCAUCUGUGCAAAUUGGACAAAGGCAGGGUUUGUCCGACAUUGACAUUCAGAGGAUCAAUCUUCUGUAUGGCUGCUGUGAGUAA